GCGGUGUGGAGAGCGCUGUGGGGGGUGUGUCUCUGGUUCCAAAUCGCCACAGCUUUUUGUCACCCGGCUUGAAUUCGGUGUUCAAACCGGCUCUGACAGCAUUCUGAGAUCCAUCCCCAUCCCCAUAUCUCAUCUCCAGCUGCCAAUCACUGCAGACUCCGAACCCAGGACCGGACAGAGUUUGCCGCCUGCCGCUCGGUCGUCCCCGGGACAGGUCAGGGUGCCGGCGAGGGUUUCGCGCGGCCUUGUGGCCUCUUCCCACCCGUCCUCCCGGCUCCUUCGUCGCUCCAACCAUGGCACAGAAACCCAAGAUAGACCCCCACGUCGGGCGGCUGGGGUACCUGCAGGCGCUGGUCACUGAGUUCCAGGAGACGGAGAGCCAAGACGCCAAGGAGCAGGUCCUCGCCAACCUUGCCAACUUCGCCUAUGACCCGGGCAACUACCAGUAUCUGCGGCAGCUGCAAGUGCUAGACUUAUUCCUCGACUCGCUGUCAGAAGAGAAUGACACUCUAGUGAAGUUUGCUAUUGGGGGCCUCUGUAACCUGUGCCCGGACAAGGCCAACAAGGAGCACAUCCUGCAGGCCGGAGGCAUCCCGCUCAUCACCAACUGCCUGUCCAGUCCUAACGAGGAGACGGUGCUAUCUGCUGUCACCACACUCAUGUACUUGAGUUCACCCGGCACCAGCCCCCAUCCCGAGCUCACCUCCUUGCCCGUGGUCCAGUGCAUGCUGCGCUUUUCUCUCUCAGCCAACACAAGGCUCCGGAACCUGGCCCAGAUCUUCCUAGAAGACUUCUGCUCCCCAAGCCAGGUGGCUGAGGCCCGCAGCCAGCAGGCCCAUUCAGCCCUGGGUAUCCCACUGCCAAAGACUGAGGCCCCACAACAGCCCUGAUCCAAGGAGACCCCAAGACCCUAUCACUUUCUGUCUGAGAUUAGUCCUGUCAUAGGCAUAGGAAGCACCUUGAGCCCAUCCUGCCCAAGGGAUGCCUGGUCAGCUGUAUGCAAGGUACAGUCUCUGAGCAUGGCGGGUAUUUUUGGCUAGGAGAAGCCAUAGGAAUGAAGAAGCCAGACCUGAGAUGCUUAGAGGAGAAAACCAAAAUUGUUAUGGCCUUCAAGGAGUGGCACUGCCAACAACUGCAGACAGCAGACACCUCUGGUGCCCCAGUGCCCAGCUACACCUCAUGUAGAAAGCCUUGUGAGAGUGGCCAGUAACAGGAGUGUCCAGAGUGACGUCGAUGACUAGAGAUCAGUUGGCCUUAUUAGCUGGGAAGGUGCUGUGUGGUAACUCCUCUAGCACUGAGGCUGGGCAUUUGGGCAUGGCAGACAUUGACUUGGACAGCUCUGUAGCCCAGAAACAAAUGUCCACACAACCCGGCCUGGCACCAUGUGAGGAAUGCAAAGAUGAAGUCUCUGCCCUUGGAUGUCACACCUGAAGGACUAGUAACCAGAUGGCCAUCAGGCAUUAGUUCAAGGCCCAGGAGUUAAGCUCAGAAUAAAGACGGGACCAGGGGUGGAGGUGCAUACCUUGUCCCUUUGGAGAGGCCCUACAUAGAUCCUAGGACAUGGUCAGAAAGACAGCGACUUCAGCUCCCCUUGUGACCAGGCUGUGGACCCCUCAUAUACCAGCUGCCAACUGUGGCAUCCCUGUCCCUUCAGAAAAGUUGCUCUGGCCCCCUCUGCCUGUGAUCAGAUCUUCUGACACUGGAAUAGGAGCCCUGGAUUUGAACCCUUCAUGGCUAUCCAGAUCUGCUUCUCGCUGUUCUCCAGGAACCACCAGCUUCCAGGGCAAAUGUCAACCCAUUAGGACUCUGACAGAUAGAUCUUCAAUAAAGACACCUAGAACUAGAUGCCGGAGGAGCGCAGUGGCCAAACCUGUAAUCCAAUCACUUGAGAAAUGGGGGGUAGUCAUAAGUUUGAGACUAGCCCACCUAGUGAGUUCCUGGCCAACUUGGGCUAUGACCUGUCACAAAAGGAAGAAGCAGGGUCCCAAUAAUGUCAGAAGAACAGCAAGAUCCUGUAGCUGGUGACUCCCUCCCUCCUGUGCCAGUGAAAGAAAAAUGAAGCUGGGGGGAAAGUGAAGAGGGUGGACCUGAUGAGAAGUUGGGGUUCAGGAAAAAUGGGGGGUCCCCACUAGAUGGGCAACUAAAAGCUGUGUUAGAGGGAGGAGAUCUACAAGGGUGUGGAAUUGGGGCUGUCUGUACAGCCACUAGAUGAGGGAAGGAAGAGGCCUCUUUAUCAGAACCACCGUUCUCUACCCCACCCCCGAGCACGGGCCCUUUCCUCUCCUAAGAGAAGGGUCUUCAAAGAACUAAAGCCUCGCUUUUGGUUUUCAUUUUUAUUAAAAAUCUCCUGAUUUUCCCGUUGUAUUUCUGUACCAGCCCUGCUCCUUCUGGGUGCAGCCAUCUUGAGAAGGGCCAGAUGGCGGAGUCUGUUCAAGUGGAGGUUACCGUGGCUCCCUGCCUGGAGAAAGUCACUUGUGCGUGCAGGCUCCUGUUGACACACCUCAGGGUCCUUCACAGGCCGGUUCGCUUGCUAUCUAUGAUGCCCCUCCAGUUAUCACUCCAGGAAAGCAGCCGUCUCCUGGUGGGGGGCAGGGCCAGGUGCUGAUUGUGGCAGCAGGUGAACAAGAUGUGCUCCCAGCUUGGGGUCUCCUCGAGGCCUGCAGC